AUGCUGCAGCGUAUAUGUAAAUUCUACAGUGACCUAGACUCGAACCCAGGGACGGGAAAGUCGCCGGAGAAGAAUAUAGAAGCUGAGAAAAAGUUCAAAUGCCUAGAGGAGUACAGCGGAUACGUGGGUUCCACGUUCUGUAACCCUAAGUUCUUUCCUACGUUCUGUCGUCAAAACUGCAGGAGUGUCAAAGCGGAGCCGUGA